AUGUCGUGUUGUCAUGAUGUUCGAUAUACCGAACAGGAAUGCUUAUAUUCGCCAAGUCAUUGGUCGGCAUCAUCAAAAUCACCAGAUUUGGUGAUUGAAACAUUCAUUAGCAUUAUGAGAUCUUGUUACCACGAAAACUUACAAACCGUUCCGGUGCAAGAAGCGAUUCCAUACGGAGGUUCAAAUGGCAAACAAAUAAUCGAUAUUUGGGGAAAUGAAAUGGAGAGCAUUGCAGCAAUCGUACUAUUUCAUGGAGGUUACUGGCAGGAAGGCGAUCGUAAAUUAUUUACGAGCCCAGUGAAAGCACUUACCGAUGAAGGAAUUAUAGUGGCAUGUGUUGGAUAUGAUUUUGCUACGACAAUUUCUUUAAAUGAUGUGAUAGAAGAGGCGACAAAAGCUCUUUACUAUUUCGUACAGUUUUUAGCAAAGCGUUGGCCUUGGAAGAGAUUAUCAGUUGGAGGACAUAGUGCCGGGGCACAUUUAGCCAUUUCUGCAUUAAAGCGCAUAAAGAAUGCGCAUCGAUACGAAAAAGUUGUACUCUUCUCCGGCAUCUACGAUCUUCAUCCUCUGUUGGGUACUUAUAUUGGUGAAGCAAUCAAUUUAAGCAUGGCUGAAGCUGAGGCUCUCAGUAUUGUUAGCUUGGAUGAAAUCUCAGCAGAAUUGUUGAUUGUUAUUGGUGCUGAGGAAUCUCCAAAGUUCAAGGAGCAAAGCCAAAAUAUUAUCCAGAAUUACGUGGAGAAACACCAUAUCGUGAAUAUGUCACAAUGUUACAAGGUCAUUCAGGGUGAGGAUCAUUUCACUUUGAUCACUAGUUUGGCUGAUAAGAAUUCGACGACAACAAAAGAAUUGCUUCAUUUUAUACUUCGAAAAUAA